CUGGUCAGUUAUACCGAAAAGGUCACACGGACUGCUUCGCGAUUGGGAAUUGUCUAUAGUGACAUUUUGCACACUUGAGCACCAUUUUCCGACGGGUCUGUGAUAAGUCAGUGACUUUAGUGAUAAGGACUGUUUGGCUGUUGAGUUUGGUGUUUUAGAUGGCUGUGUCGACUUUGAAUAUGACCCCUUACUUUCCUGGAUAUCCGUUUCAAGGACAAGGACGUGUGAACCAACUCGGCGGUGUUUUCAUCAAUGGACGUCCACUUCCCAACCACAUCAGGCUGAAAAUUGUGGAAAUGGCUGCGGCCGGCAUUAGACCCUGCGUGAUUUCACGCCAGCUGAGAGUUUCGCACGGUUGCGUCUCCAAAAUACUCAACAGGUACCAGGAAACGGGCAGCAUAAGGCCUGGAGUGAUUGGAGGGUCUAAGCCGAGAGUGGCGACGCAAGAAGUCGAAGCCAAGAUCGAGAAAUUGAAGAAGGAGCAGCCCGGUAUCUUCUCCUGGGAAAUCAGAGACAGGCUCAUCAAGGAGGGAGUCUGUGACAAAAACUCCGCACCAUCUGUCAGUUCGAUCAGCAGACUUCUCCGUGGAGGAAGGAAAGAUGACCCAGAAAGAAAAAAUCAUUCCAUCGAUGGCAUUCUUGGACCCACAUCGUCUUGUGACGAAAGUGACACAGAGUCCGAGCCAGGCAUACCCCUCAAACGCAAGCAGAGGAGAUCUCGCACCACCUUCACAGGGGAGCAAUUAGAGGAGCUCGAAAGGGCGUUCAGCAGAACGCAGUACCCGGACGUGUACGUGCGAGAAGAACUGGCCCAGAAGACCAAGCUAACCGAAGCCCGCGUCCAAGUGUGGUUCUCGAACCGUCGCGCCAGAUACCGCAAACAGUUGAACUCGCAACAGCUCAACACCUUUAACGCCAUGUCCCUACAGUCCGCUUUUCCGGUACAGCACCAGUAUCCAGACCACGGUUUCAACCAGUCCUGGAUGCAGCAGAGCUACGCCUCUGCCGCCCUGCAGGGCUCCGCGCUGGGCAGUUCAGCUCUGUCCGGAUCGGCGGCCACGCUCCCAUCCUCGCUGGCAUCCACCGCGCUUAACCAUUCCAGUGCGGCGACGAACAAUAACAACUCGCCGACGCACAACAACCUGUACAAUUCGUACAGUAAUUCCAGUCUGGAACAGAAUUCUCCCCUGGUCGGAACGAAUCAGUUUGGGUACAGCAUGGGACAGGUGUCGCCCAAUCAGCCUAGCCUAUCGCCGCAGCAGAAUCCGGUUAGGAAUUGGUCCAACAACAAGAUGGCGGAGAACAUUUCCAGCUGGCACGAAAAUUACAGUUUGUUCGCUGGUAGCCAUUAUGGUGCUCAUUCGCCGAGUGAAGCUAAAUCUGGCUAUCCAUAUUUUGGUGCAAUGGAGAUGUGUUCAAGUAGGGUCCAUUGAUGAAAUUGGUCAACUGUGUAAACUAAAAAAACGUUUUUGUUCAGUCCUCACACAAUCGAAGUUUAUACUGUCGGAUAAUAAGCAUUAUGUUCACUUUGGACAAGUGUACAAAUACGUGUGAAUAACGAUGAAAAUUUUAUAUGUGUAAAUUGGGGAAAUAUGUAAAAAAUUUUAUGUAGAUAAAUAUGUAAAUAAUAAUUUAUUUCUACUGCAAAUUCUACAUUCACGAAUUCUUUAGGUAUUCAAUAGAUUAUUGUAUUCUAAUAUUUAAAUCUUCACCUCGUGUAAUGACUGUUAUUUGCUGAUGGGAACAAUGUCAACCAUAUUUAAUAAUAUAUAGUACCUAUUUAACGGUUCCUUCGAAUUAUCUUAGAGAUUAAUACAUAUCAUGAGAAAAUAAGUGUUCCAUCAUGAUGCCUUAAUGUAAGAACAGAUUUGCCUUUCAGAAUGCCUUCAUUAUUGUGUGAAUUCAGAUAUUGUAAAUAUUGAAACUGUGGCCUGCUUUUAGAUAUCAUUAUAUCUAUACAGAUGUUGAAAGUUGUAUAUAAUAUAUAAAUUAUAUUAAAUUAUAUAGUAUCGAAAAUAAAUGGUGUAAUAAAUA